GGGUGAGGGCUGAGCUGAAGGUGGAAGGAGGCGCGCUCGCCCGUCCACUCUGUGCCCCCCGAGGCCACUCACCAGGUCACCUCCGCCGGGGCCACCCAAUAGCGCGGGCGUGAUUCUACAUUUUUUAUGACAGGCAAGGUGUGGAGCUGCCCUUUGUAGCACACCCGGGGCCAGGUGAUGCUCGGACCGAGGAGUGGGAGGACGCGCGGGCUGGAGGUGGGGGGGACGGGCUUGGGGACCUUCCCUUCUUUUAUAAAGCGGGGCUCUUCUUAUGCGCCGCCGCGUGGAAACCACCGCAUCCAAAGGUCCCUCAAAUCAAGAUGCUGGGCCUUGGGUAUGAGAGGAAACGGAGAUGCGGGAGAGGGCGAGAAGAAAGAAUGCUGGGAGACACAAAGCCCGGAGAUUGAGGGGAGUGGGUAAGGGGCGACGCUGUAUAAAUCCUAACUCGCAAAAGGUGGUGAGCACCCCAGGAAGCGGAGGUAGAGGUAUCGAGGGUCUGCCCACACCUCUCCUCCCCAGCUUUCUCAUCCUUCCACCUGCUACUACCCACCCAGGAUGCGGCUGGGCCGCAGGGCCCUCUGUGUGCUGGUUGUGCUGCUCGCCUGUGCCUCGCUGGGGCUCCUGUACGCGAGGACCCGGGAUGCGCCAGGUCUCCGGGCGCCUCUUGCUCUGUGGGCGCCCCUACAGAGUCCCCCCAGGCCGGAGCUGCCAGACCUUGCCCCGGAGCCCCGCUAUGCCCACAUCCCCGUCAGAAUCAAGGAUCAAGUGGUGGGGCUAUUGUCUGGAAACAACUGCAGUUGUGAGUCCAGUGCGGGGAGCUUUCAUCUCCCCUUCCAGAGACAGGUCCAAGCCAUUGACUUUACCAAGGCCUUUGACCCUGAGGAGCUGAAGGCUGCCUCUGCCUUGAGAGAACAGGAGUUCCAGGCCUUCCUUUCAAGGAGCCAGUCUGCUGCUGACCAGCUGCUCAUUGCCCCUGCCAACUGCCCCCUACAAUAUCCCAUGCAGGGCGUGGAGGUACAGCCCCUCAGGAGCAUCUUGGUGCCAGGAUUGAGCCUGCAGGCUGCAGGUCAGGAGGUAUACCAGGUGAACCUGACUGCCUCCUUGGGCACAUGGGAUGUGGCAGGGGAAGUGACUGGAGUGACUCUCGUGGGAGAGGGGCAGCAAAAUCUCACUCUCACCAGCCGAGGACUGGACCAACUCAAUCGGCAGCUGCAACUGGUCAUUUAUAGCAGCCAAAGCUACCAGGCAAAUACGGCAGACACAGCCCAGUACAACAUUAGUGCUCUGGUCACCAUUGCCACUAAGACCUUCCUCCGUUACACUCGGCUGCGGGCACUCAUCGCCAGCAUCCGCCGCUUCUACCCGACCGUCACUGUGGUCAUUGCCGAUGACAGCGACAAGCCAGAGAUCAUUAGCGGUCCCCACAUUGAGCACUAUCUCAUGCCUUUUGGCAAGGGCUGGUUUGCAGGCCGGAACCUGGCCGUGUCUCAAGUAACCACUAAGUACGUGCUGUGGGUGGACGACGACUUCAUCUUCACCGCCCGGACCCGGCUCGAGAGGCUUGUAGACGUGCUGGAACGGACGCCUUUGGACCUGGUGGGGGGCGCAGUGCGAGAGAUCUCGGGCUUCGCCACCACCUACCGGCGGCUACUGAGUGUGGAGCCCGGCGCGCCAGGCCAAGGGAACUGCCUGCGGCAAAGGCGUGGCUUCCACUAUAAGCUCAGCGGCUUCCCAGGCUGCGUGGUCACUGACGGCGUGGUCAACUUCUUCCUGGCACGCACCGACAAGGUGCGCGAGGUGGGCUUUGACCCGCGCCUCAGCCGUGUGGCCCACCUAGAAUUCUUCCUGGAUGGACUUGGUUCCCUUCGGGUGGGCUCCUGCUCAGAUGUUGUUGUGGAUCACGCAUCCAAGUUGAAGCUGCCUUGGACAUCAAAGGAUGCUGAAACAGAGACUUAUGCUCGGUACCGUUAUCCAGAAUCACUGGACGAAAGUCAGAUGGCCAAACACCGCCUGCUCUUCUUCAAACACCGGCUGCAGUGCAUGACGACAGAGUGAUGGCUACUCAGGCCUUCCCACUGUCAGGCUGGGCCUGCCUCCUUGUCCCUGCCAGGGAUUUCUAGCAAACUCCACUAACCAGUGACCACUCCACUGACUGCCCCCAACCCCCUUCUGAACCUGAUUCCAAACAGGGGCUUGCCUGGUGAUACUCCUCCUUUCUGUGAGUGCCCAGGGGCGUGAUGGAGCCAUAACUCAUCCCACAGCCAGUGCCAAGUCUUCCCUCUACCCCUUCUCAUGGAGGUGGGGAGUCACUUUCCAAGUGCCAAAGAGCCCAAGGGACUCUAAGAACCUAAAGUGGAAACACUCAUCUCCUGGGGACUGAGUGCAUGGGGAGGCCCCCAACAUGUAUUCCCAAGCCUGUGCCCUUUUUCCCCAAUUCUGGAUCCAGGACUGUGCACCAGCUGCAGCCCCACCAUGGAGAGAACUGGUGACUGGAGUAGGGGUGAGGACUAGUGAACACACAGAUGAAGGCCAUUUUUAGUUGUGUCUCUGCAAUGCUGUGGGCAUGGAGGAAGGGGCACCAGAGGACGGUGUGCAGACACCCAGACUCACUUCAUGAAUCCCAGAGUCUCUCAGCUUCAAUUUAUUAGUUACAUUAAGUAAGGGGGUUCAGGGGCCAAGGCCCUUCUCACACACAUAUUGUUGGGCCUGCCAUACUCCAAGUGACUGGGUCAGACCCAUACUGUACAAGUCUUUGGACCAGUGAGCUCCUGGAAAAGGAAGGGAACAUGUCAGGAAUAAAUUAAGUACCCCUACUUUCCUCAUCCAGGAUUUGUCAGUCUUCUGAGGGACAUACCACCCCCUUUGAUACCCUUAGUUCCUCAGUUCUUCACCCAUAGCUGGGCUCAUUCUCCCUGCCUUUUUUUUAUCCUCACUUGAGGAUAUGUUUAUUGAUUUUAGAGAGAGAAACAUUGAUGUAAGAGAGAAAUGUCCAUCAAUCGCCUCCCAUAUGCACCUUGACCAGGGAUUGAACCUGCAAUAUUAUUUUGGUAUACAGGAAGAUGCUCCAACCAACUGAGCAACCCGGCCAGGGCUUCCUGGCUUAGUCUUGAUAAAUUAACUAAUCAUUUUAUCCCCACCCCUUCCUCCAUCUUCCUCCUCAGCCCCCUUCCCAAAUCCCUCUGCCUGGAUCUUCAGCCACUCACUCACACCUCGCUUGCUACAGCCCAGCACCUCCUGGCUUCCACUCCUGUUGCUCCUGCCCCCUCACCAGUCUCUCCAGGGCAUGAGCAGCUGCAUCCUGGACACUCACAAACAGCUGCUCUGGGGUCACUCUGUCCAGGAGUCCUGCCUGGCAUCUGCAAAGGUGACACCACUGCAGUCUAGGACCACCACUCUGACAGGCUCAGCAACUAGGAUGGGAGACGGCAAGAGUACCCAGAUGCUCCCAUGAAAUAUGCCCAAAUCUUCUUUCUUGGCAUCCCAUCUUACCUGCAUCAGGUGGGCCGUGCAUCUUUGGAGUCUCCUGUGAGUAGAAAAGGGCAGUCACCACUUGCGAAGCACAAGCAUGAAUGUGCACACCUGGAGCACAAUGAUCCCCCUCAGAAACCCACGUGCCUCCCACUAGCAGAGAACACUCCCCUUUGACCAAGUCCCUCACCUUGCCUCUUCCAAGCCCCAGGUGCCACUCUAGUUUAUGGUGAAACUGCCUACGGGUCCCAAAGUAGAGAGGUGUUGGGUAGCUCAGGAUGCAGAGCCCUGGAACCUGGAGGAGCUAAGGAGUCAGAGGGUCAGAGAAACAUCCAGGUCUAAUUGUCCCUUCUCUGGUUGUAGUUCGCCCACCUUGUGGCUCUCUUUGAGUGGUCUGUAGAGCUCUGUCCCCUCAGCUAGUCCAAGUGCCACACACUGCACCCUAGGCAGGAAGCUGGGGUCAGAUUUCCAGCCUGUCCUGGCUGAAAAGUCACCCCAAGCACUCUGUUCUCUCCCCUUCCCUCAUCUUGACUCCCCUUAUCUCUACUCCCACCUCUGGGUGCGGCAGACCACAGUCAUCAUGGAGAAUAUCACGCCUAUGGCCAGGCCCAUGUCCACACUGAGGGUCACUGCAGCCACCCAUGUGACCAUCCACACAGCCUGCAGGACAUAGGUGGAAGUGAAAUGCCUAGAAGAAAUGCUAGGCCACUGCUAAUGAAAAGGGUCCAGGGGCAGUGACUGCCAGGGAAAGUGAUGGGGAGGGAUGACCCGGGAGAAGGUGGAAGGAAGGAAGGGAAAGGAUUUACCCAACAGUGGAUACACACCAAAUGUAAUGACCCCAGACCUUGCACCUUCUGGGGAGUUACACAUAUUCAGGUCUGAAGGGGUUAAAAUCCCACCCUUCACCUUAUCUUGGAGGAAAGGGAUUAAAAGGGAUGCAUGUUGGGGGUGGGUUGGUUAUAGAAUUUAGGACCAGGACAAUUAGCUUUAAUCCAGGGCAGAGGCUGGGGAUUCUGGCAAAAUAAGAGGGGGGCAAUCUGGGGGUAAUGCUGCCAUUUCUCACGAAGUCUAUACGGCUGAUGCGCCACAGUUGUGGAAGCUCCUGCAUCUGGAAGAACAUCUGGCGCAUGCUGGAGAUGUUGAUGCAGGCCAGGACAGCCUUGGGGCAGAGGAGAGAAAUUAAUCACACCAAUGUUCUAGAAUAUAGCCACUACCCCCAGCCACCCCCACAAUUCCUCUGCUCCUUACCUUGGGCAGAUAGUAGAAGAAGGGUCCCAGCCACAGCAUUACCGACAGGACAACUAUGCAGGAGAAGAGGCCUGCCAGCUGGAGGGAAGGACCGGUGGAAGCAAAGAAGGAAGGGAACUUCGCCCACCCUGGUGUGACAGGUGUCUUUCUGCCCACUUGGCCUCAACUUCCUUGAAAGUCUCUCUCCUCCCAAAUCCCCUUCCACACAGAUAUUUCUCACUCCUCAAUGAGCUUCUUGAUAUUCUGCCAUUCACACCUAGAUGUAGUUCAACUUCUCUAUUUUUGUAACCCACCUCCAUCUUUAAAGGCUCGGUGGGGUUACCCUAAAAGUAGGCUAACCACAUGCUUAGGGAACCCACAAAGUAACAGAAACAAGAAAUAUAAAAAUAUUAGGGGAGAGUUUGAUAUGUGAUAAUUCUUUUUUAAAAAUAUUUUUA